GCCGGAAGCGAGUGCAGCUCCCGUCUGAGCCACCUCAUUCAUCCGCAGUAUGGCGGCGCCGGGCAGCAGCGUCCUGUGCCUCUUCGAUGUGGACGGGACCCUGACCGCCCCCAGGCAGAAAAUCACAGCAGAAAUGGCAGAUUUUCUGCAGAAGCUGCGGAAGAAGGUGAGAGUUGGAGUUGUAGGUGGUUCAGACUUUGACAAAGUUCAAGAGCAGCUGGGAGACGAUGUGGUUGAAAAAUUUGACUACGUCUUUCCAGAAAAUGGUCUUGUAUCAUACAAAGAUGGGAAAUUUUUGUGCAAGCAGAGCAUUCAAAGUCACCUGGGUGAGGACCUGCUCCAAGAUCUAAUCAACUAUUGUCUGAGUUACAUUGCAAAGAUUAAACUACCAAAGAAAAGGGGUACUUUUAUUGAGUUCCGAAAUGGGAUGCUGAAUGUCUGCCCUGUUGGGAGAAGCUGCAGCCAGGAAGAGCGAAUCGAGUUCUAUGAACUUGAUAAAAGGGAACAUAUAAGAGAGAAAUUUGUAGCUGAUUUACAAAGAGAAUUUGCAGGAAAAGGCCUCACAUUUUCUAUAGGGGGGCAGAUAAGCUUUGAUGUAUUUCCAAAUGGCUGGGAUAAGACAUACUGCUUAGGAAUUGCCUGCAACGAUGGAUACAAGACUAUCUAUUUCUUUGGAGAUAAGACCAUGCCAGGUGGAAAUGAUUAUGAAAUCUACACAGACUCCCGAACAGUAGGCCACAGUGUCACAUCACCAGAGGACACAAGAAGAAUCUGUGAAGAGCUCUUUUUUUAAAUAAAUGACUUUGUUUUCCUUUAGAUUUGACAGCAGCCAA